CUCUAGCGAGUGCGGUAAUUAGGAAAUCAAUUCAAGAUGGACGCCAAAAACAUAUUCCUUAUAUUGGCCACUAUUUGCUAUUGUAUAUCUGUCUUAUGUGAACGGCAUUCUAUUAAAAUAGUGGAGGAGCCAUCCACAUAUGGAAUUAUGAACAGCUAUCAAGGGGGGGCAGUAGCAGAUACAAACGCAAAAAAGUUGAAGAUGCGGGUCAAACCCUCCAACUUCUCUGGCCCAGCAUUGUUCAGUCGACUGAAUGGCAAAUGUUUUACAAAAACAGAUGAAAGUUAUAAGUAUGAGUUCUGUCCCUUCUCCAACAUUACCCAACAUGAGCAGUCACUGAGAUGGAACCCUUACAGUGGAAUUCUAGGAGUAUGGCAGGAAUGGGAGAUUGAAAACAACACAUUUAUUGCCAUGGUGAUGAGGCAGGGUGAUACAUGUGGGAACAAACACAGGACUAUGAAGGUGUUUUUCCAAUGUGGAAAGGACAACAAGGUCCUGAACGUGAGUGAGCCGAGCACAUGUAACUAUCACAUGAACUUCAGCACGCCGUAUGUGUGCCACCCCCAGGCCAUGCUGGUGUACCCCACUCUGAGAGAGGAGCUGCAGACAGAGUGGGGACACCUAGAGGGAGAACUGGCGGCAGGGGAGAUUACUCAUAAGGGAUACAAGAAAUACUUGUCAAGAAUAUUUGUGAAGGCCGGUUACAUGAUGUCGGAAGAUGCCAAGAAGUCUCUACUGGAACAGGCAGCGGCAGAGGAAAAGAAAGAGGUGGAGAAAAAAGAUGGACGCUUUGAUAAUCUGUUCCAGUGCACUGAAGAAUAUCGGAAACUGAAACUUGAAAUAGAUCAACUGCGACAAUUAGUUGAUAAUAAACAUGAUGAUGAUAUCGUAGAGCAUGGCGUAGAUCUGGACUACGCAUGAAGAAGUAUGGCAGUAUUAAAAGAUAAACUUUAAUGAGAAGGGAAUAAUUACUGCACCAACGUCUGAGUAAUUUGGCAUAAUUAAAUAAGUGUAGAAUUUGUUACUAUUGACUCUGUUUAUCAUGAUUUAUGUAAAUAUGUGGAGAGCAAAAGUAAUCCCAUAUAAGUCAUUCCAUUACUUUGUACAACUGAAGCAUUACUGAUCCUCUGUGACAUGUGUGAAAUUAUGUUUCAAAUAAUAUUUACUGUUACUUAAUGUACCGUAUUUUUACCUCAAAAGGAGGUCGUAUAGUAGUCGCAACGUCCACAUGUGGGUUUUAUUUUGUGUAUUUUUUUAUGGUUGUACUAUAAUUUUAUUUAUUUAUUUAUUUCAAUUACUUUCAUUGGUUUCCUUCAAUGCAUGUUUAGGUUAGUUUCUAAAUUUGUAAUGGUUAAUGGGCCAUGUAAUGUAAAACGUGCAAUAUUGUUAUCAGUUCAUUAUUAUAUUCCCUGUGUACGUAUGCAUAUAUGAUAUUGAGAUCUUAUUAAAAAUAAACUAUGUUUUGUAAA